UUGCGAGAUCACUUUAAAAAUAAAAGAACGAUUUGUUUGUUGCUAUUUUUAAAGGCGUGCCAAGUUUUUGUGCCGUUCUGUUCCGUUCCGUUUCGUCUCAUCUCGUCUCGCUGUGGUUCGACGUGUCGGGUCGUGUCGGAUCUUUUGGCUCUUUGGUGGCGUCAUUGGCCACUUGGCCAUGCCCAAAGAUUGCCAGUGGUCUGCUAUAUGCACUUGAAAGCCCAGUGAAAAUCAGUCACAGACCCACUCUCAGCCACAACAUAAAGUCAUAAUUUCACAUCAAUUGUACAUAAAGUGUGUAUAUAUAUAAUAUAUAGAUAUAUAUAUAUAUAGCAAUGUAAGCAAACUGAAAUGGCAAACGGAUUGAUCGGCACAAAUAUCAGUGUACUGACAAAUGGGAUGUCGGGGUGUGAUCAAAGCACUGUCGAAUCAUUGGCCGAUGAUCCAACAGAUUCACCAUUCGAUGCCGAUGAUUGUCUCAAAGUUCGCAAAUAUUGGUGUUUCCUGCUAUCCAGCAUAUUCACAUUCCUUGCUGGCCUGCUCAUUGUGCUGCUAUGGCGUGCAUUUGCAUUCAUCUGCUGCCGCAAGGAGCCGGAUCUGGGACCCAACGAUCCCAAACAGAAGGAGCAGAAGGCGUCGCGCAACAAACAGGAGUUCGAGGGAACAUUUAUGACAGAAGCAAAAGACUGGGCUGGAGAGCUUAUCUCGGGUCAAACAACAACUGGUCGAAUUUUGGUCGUACUCGUAUUUAUACUCAGCAUUGCAUCUCUCAUUAUAUACUUUGUUGAUGCAUCUAGUGAAGAAGUUGAAAGAUGCCAAAAAUGGAGUAAUAACAUUACUCAACAGAUCGAUCUCGCAUUCAAUAUAUUUUUUAUGGUUUACUUUUUUAUACGAUUCAUAGCGGCGUCCGAUAAGCUUUGGUUUAUGUUAGAAAUGUACAGUUUUGUAGAUUAUUUUACAAUACCCCCGUCCUUCGUAUCAAUAUAUUUAGAUCGAACAUGGAUCGGUCUUCGAUUUCUUCGAGCGCUACGUCUCAUGACUGUUCCAGAUAUUUUACAAUAUUUAAACGUACUAAAAACAUCGAGCUCAAUACGUUUGGCUCAACUAGUAUCAAUUUUUAUAUCCGUGUGGUUAACAGCAGCGGGCAUUAUACAUCUGCUGGAGAACUCUGGCGAUCCGCUGGAUUUUAAUAAUGCUCAUCGUUUAUCCUAUUGGACCUGUGUCUAUUUCCUAAUUGUGACCAUGUCAACGGUAGGAUAUGGUGACGUUUACUGUGAGACUGUCUUAGGGAGAACAUUUCUCGUGUUCUUUCUGCUCGUCGGCUUGGCAAUGUUUGCCAGCAGUAUACCGGAAAUAAUUGAACUCGUUGGUAGUGGCAAUAAAUAUGGCGGUGAACUGAAAAGAGAACACGGAAAGAGACAUAUUGUGGUAUGCGGUCAUAUAACAUACGAAUCCGUGUCGCAUUUCCUGAAGGACUUUCUGCACGAAGAUCGUGAAGAUGUCGAUGUCGAAGUAGUCUUUUUACAUCGUAAACCACCCGAUUUGGAACUUGAGGGUUUGUUCAAACGUCAUUUUACCACCGUGGAGUUCUUCCAAGGAACCAUUAUGAAUCCGAUUGAUCUGCAAAGGGUUAAGGUACACGAAGCCGACGCCUGCCUGGUGCUAGCUAACAAAUAUUGCCAAGAUCCCGACGCAGAAGAUGCUGCCAACAUAAUGCGAGUUAUCUCGAUUAAGAACUACAGCGAUGACAUACGUGUCAUCAUACAGCUGAUGCAGUACCAUAAUAAGGCGUACUUGCUGAACAUACCAUCGUGGGACUGGAAACAGGGAGAUGAUGUCAUUUGCCUGGCCGAGUUGAAGUUGGGCUUUAUAGCGCAGAGCUGUUUGGCGCCCGGAUUUUCCACAAUGAUGGCCAAUUUGUUCGCUAUGCGUUCUUUUAAGACGUCACCAGACACACAGGCCUGGCAAAAUGAUUAUCUUCAAGGUACAGGGUGUGAGAUGUACACCGAAACUCUAUCACCUUCAUUUACCGGCAUGACAUUCCCACAAGCCAGCGAACUGUGCUUUUCCAAGCUGAAACUGCUGCUGCUUGCAAUUGAAAUCAAAGGAGCUGAGGAGGGUGUAGAUAGCAAAAUUUCCAUAAAUCCGCGUGGCGCUAAGAUACAGGCAAAUACGCAGGGUUUCUUCAUAGCACAAAGCGCCGAUGAGGUCAAGCGUGCGUGGUUCUAUUGCAAGGCUUGCCACGAGGACAUCAAGGAUGAGACGCUCAUCAAGAAGUGCAAAUGCAAAAACUUGACGGUUCAGCCGAGGAGCAAAUUUGAUGACUUAGAUGUGGGCAUGAUUAUGAUGCAGACGGGGAUGGUCAACCAAGGCAUCACGUCGGUGAUGAAUACAAUAGAGGAUGAACACCAUCCUGCACCCACAUUUACGCCACCAGAGCUACCCAAGCGGGUGCAUGUGCGUGGAUCUGUAUCGGGUGAUAUUACACGCGACAGAGAAGAUACAAAUCUACUCAAUCGGAAUGUGCGGCGACCGAAUGGUACUGGCAACGGUACAGGUGGCAUGCAUCACAUGAACAACACAGCCGCUGCGGCAGCGGCAGCUGCAGCUGCCGGCAAGCAGGUGAACAAGGUAAAGCCCACGGUUAACGUGAGCCGGCAGGUGGAGGGUCAGGUCAUAUCGCCAUCGCAGUACAACAGGCCACCAGAAAAUGAUGCUAACCCUUAUGCGGGCUAUCAACUUGCUUACGAAGUUAAAAAGCUCAUGCCAACGAGUCGCAGUUCCGGCACAGGCACACAAAAUCAAAAUGGCGGCGUUUCAUUGCCAGCCGGCAUAGCGGACGAUCAGUCAAAGGAUUUUGAUUUCGAGAAGACCGAAAUGAAAUAUGAUUCGACGGGCAUGUUUCACUGGAGUCCGGCGAAGAGCUUAGAAGACUGCAUAUUGGAUCGCAACCAGGCGGCGAUGACUGUAUUAAAUGGUCACGUGGUCGUUUGCCUGUUCGCCGAUCCGGAUUCACCACUAAUUGGGCUGCGUAAUCUGGUGAUGCCGUUGCGCGCAUCCAAUUUUCAUUACCACGAGCUCAAGCAUGUGGUAAUUGUGGGCUCCGUCGACUACAUACGACGCGAGUGGAAGAUGCUACAGAAUCUGCCCAAGAUAUCGGUGCUCAAUGGAUCACCGCUGAGUCGUGCCGAUCUGCGGGCGGUCAAUGUCAAUCUGUGUGAUAUGUGCUGCAUAUUGUCUGCAAAAGUUCCUAGCAACGAUGAUCCCACAUUGGCCGACAAGGAGGCCAUUCUCGCCUCGCUCAACAUCAAGGCCAUGACCUUUGACGACACGAUUGGCGUGCUGAGCCAACGCGGACCGGAGUUCGACAAUCUGAGCGCGACCGCUGGCAGCCCCAUUGUGUUGCAGCGUCGCGGCUCAGUGUAUGGGGCAAAUGUGCCCAUGAUAACAGAACUGGUCAAUGAUAGUAACGUGCAGUUUCUCGAUCAAGACGACGAUGACGAUCCAGAUACAGAACUGUAUCUAACACAGCCGUUCGCCUGCGGUACGGCGUUCGCUGUGAGUGUUUUAGACUCGCUGAUGUCAACGACAUACUUCAAUCAAAAUGCCUUAACACUGAUACGAUCGCUGAUAACAGGCGGCGCCACGCCCGAAUUGGAGCUGAUACUGGCAGAGGGUGCGGGAUUGCGGGGCGGUUACAGCACCGUCGACAGUCUGAGCAAUCGCGACAGAUGCCGCGUGGGGCAAAUUUCGUUAUACGAUGGGCCACUGGCGCAGUUUGGCGAAUGUGGCAAGUAUGGCGAUUUAUUUGUGGCCGCACUCAAGUCGUAUGGGAUGUUGUGCAUAGGACUAUAUCGGUUUAGGGAUACCAGUUCUAGCUGUGAUGCGAGCAGCAAACGUUAUGUAAUAACCAACCCACCCGAUGACUUCUCAUUACUGCCAACAGAUCAGGUAUUCGUUUUAAUGCAAUUUGAUCCGGGCUUGGAGUAUAAGCCGCCCGCAGUGCGUGCACCUGCCGGUGGACGCGGCACCAACACACAGGGCUCCGGGGUUGGUGGUGGCGGUUCCAACAAGGAUGAUAACUCUUGAUUGUUACUGUGUAGCGCCUUAACUGAUGGUCCUUAUUCGUACAUUUGAACGAUGGAGCAGUUAAUGGUGUACAGAGCAGCGCAUUUAUUGCACAGAUAUUGGCAUAAGAUCAGGAGACGUAUUCAAGCAUAGAGAUAAUCAUUAGAUAAAGAAGACAUUGCAUGCCACAUUUGUGGCAUGAACCAAAUCAAAAGAUAGGACAAUUGGCAUUAGUGAGUUUAAAAUUGAAAUGCGUGCCAAUAAAUGCGUUACUCUGUACUUUUAUGUUUGUGAAGAUAUCGUACAGAGUACUUCGUCUAUCCAGUCAAACAAUCAAGGGACAACCAUAUAAGCCACAAAAACGACCAACGUUGGGCCGGAAUUACGCGGCAAUGUCAGAUAUCUCCACAAACACAAAAACCACAUAUUUAUUGAAGAAAUAACAUCUUCUUUGAUAUCCAUCGUUCAAUUGUCAGCUGAUUGCUUCCCACACCAUUCCGUAUGCCUUUUAGAACCUUGAAAUUUACAUAUUAUAUCUAUAAUUUUGUAUCCAUAUCUAUCAAUCUAUCUAUCCAAUAUUCUAUUACCAUUACUUGUAUAAUUACUGUUAAUUUUUCUGUUUUAUUUGAUAU